GCCCCCUCUUCGGCGCGCCGGGUGCCCCGGUGCCACUUGUGGUCUCAGGAGUGGCAGCACGGCAAGGCCGCCUUCCCCCUCGCCAGCGCCGCGCCGCAGAGGCGGUGCACGGCGCCCCUGCUGCCGUCGGCGGACCGGGUGAGGGCCACGGGCACCCUGCUGCCCGCCGUGGGAGGGCAUCUGCCACCUGUAGCCCGAGAGCCUCCGAAGGAGCCGAGGGACAGAAGGCGGGGCGCCAGCCGCGCCGCCGCGCCUCUGGCGCGUGCCGCCGAGGCGAUGCCCCGAGCCGCCACGGCGGAGGCGCGCGGCGCGCAGGCCCGGCGCUCCUCGCAGGACGAGUUCGCCUCCCCGAGGCAGACCAUAAUCAUUCUAGACUGGGACGACACGCUGUUCCCGACCUCGUACGUGCGGGACAGGCAGUCGCCCGACCGCAUCAGGCUGGCCCGCGCCGCUGCUGCAGCGGAGCAGCUGCUGCGGCGCGCCGCCGCACUCGGCGAGGUGCGCAUAGUGACCCUCGCCAAGGCACCGUGGGUGUCGAUGUCCUGCGAGCACUUCUUUCCAGGCGCCCGCGGCCGAGCAUGCAUACAGGACCAGGAUAGGAUGAACGAGGCGUUCGCAGAUAAUCUUGGAGCCUUCAGGGAGACCCAGGCCAGCGAUCCAGACCAAACCAGCAAAGCAGCGCAGCGGCAGAGCAGACUGUGCAAGCCGAACCAGCUGAAGGGCGUGCGCGCGGGACAUUGA